AUGGCAGUCAUCCAAGCAAAAUGGACCAAAGUCGUCGAGGCUGAGGUCUUACGGCGAUCGUCCCAGGUAGUCUCCGUCAUUGACGGACAGGUUUACAUCUUUGGCGGGGAGUUGCGGCCACGAGAGCCGAGAGACAAUAACGUUCACAUUGUUUCACUUGGACGUCCCGCAACCCUAUCUACCAAGCCAUCCACCGACAAAUCCCCUUCGCCGCGAGUCGGGACCGCCUCGGCAACCCUCAAUGGCAAAAUCUACCUAUUCUCCGGACGCGGGGGCGCAGCAAUGGCACCGGUAGAAGAAAGUGGCGCUAUUUGGGAAUUCAACCCCGCCUCAGACGAAUGGUCACUCCUAUCACCAUCCGACGCAAACCCGUCCUCUAUCCCGGCAGCGCGCAGCUACCACUGCACAGCCAGCGACGGCAAAGACACCGUGUUUAUCCACGCGGGCUGUCCGGAGAAGGGCCGUCUAUCGGAUCUGUGGGCAUUCAGUGUAUCCCAGAAGCAGUGGACGGAACUUGCUUCGGCGCCGGAUCCACCACGCGGUGGAACCUCUAUUGCAUUUGCCCAGGGUAGGUUGUAUCGGAUGAAUGGGUUUGAUGGGGAGCGGGAACAGGGUGGCAGAGUAGAUGUGUAUGAGCCUGAAACCAAUAUGUGGAGCUCGCACUCGUUUGUUUCAGAUGGUAUGACUGGACCAUCGCCGCGAAGUGUGGCAGCCUUGCUUCCUGUUGUUGUUUCUGGCCGUGUGUACUUGGUCACUCUGUUUGGUGAGCAGGAUCCUAGUUCCUUGGGACAUCAGGGUGCCGGAAAAAUGUUGGGUGAUGUGUGGUUAUUUGAUGUAGAGACCCAGCUAUGGACCAAGGUUGAGGCUCAGGGAGAUGAGCGCCCAGACCCACGGGGUUGGUUCGAUGGCGAUGUCCUUGGUAAUGGCAGUAUUGUGGUUCAUGGGGGACUUGGAGAAUCAAAUAAUCGACUGGGCGACCUUUGGACUCUCGAGUUUGUCUAA